AUACUUCCUGAGCUCUGUGCCUCUUCAGGACAGUUGACUGCUGCUGCCCUCCACUGAGACACAACACCUGUCUCUCACCUCUCUCACCACCAGCUGCCUCGCACUCCACACGUCUCUCACCAGAAUCUCCUGACACACUGUACAUUUUGUUCCUUAAGUCAUACUGGAGUGUGACCUUGGGAGCCGUGGUGGUGCGGUGAGUCAGGUCAGGCCCAACACUGAUCCUUGUAACUAUUCCGUCCGUCACUCGGCACUUGGCAACUUGUGCUACCACUUCCCUGGCUUGUCAUAAGUAACUCUGUAAAGUGAAAAGAACUGGUGUUGUUACAUGUUGUUGUUGUUGUUGUUGUUGAACUUAUACCGUUAUAUCUACUGGCACAACUUUUAAAAAGAAACAAAGUGACGCCUAGUUGUCAGUCUAAUAGAAAAGUGAGAGAAAAGUGUGUUAUCGUGGCCAUAAGUUGGAAGGAAUGUGCUGCUGGUGACGUGCACUCUUAUCACUGGCCACCAUCACUUCAACGCUCCUUUAUAUCAAAGACUCCAACAUUAAAGACGAAAGUUUGCGUUAAAAAUAUAGAACUUUUAUUGAACGUGUUGUAUGUGUGUGGUGGGCAGAGUGUAGCUCAUCUCCUGGGGAAGGUAGCCAGGAUCAUCAUUCCUGGGAGUUGUGGUUAAUCCAGUGAUCGUCGCUGGUGUCAUCAGUAACCAUGGCUACAGCAGUGGUCAACGGUCAGGAUGUGACGGAGAUGGGCCGUGUCUCCUCCUUCAAGCUUAGCGACAAGGUGGUGGAGGCGACAGCAUCAGGGUUCAAGGACAGGACCAAGAGGAGGUUCUCCCUACCAGCGGGACCCAGGUUCGACUCCCGCCGCUCCUCCACCGUCUCCGUCUGCUCCUCCACAUCUUCGUACACUGGAUCAAGCAGUGAAGAAGAUGAAGUCUCGCCACGAGAAAAGAACCAAAAGAACUCUAAAGGUUCGAGUGACUUCUGCGUCAAGAACAUAUCCCAAGCUGCUUUUGGGCGAAGGGAGAUUGAGAUUGCCGAGCAGGAAAUGCCUGGCAUUGUUGCUUUGCGAAAGCGAGCUACAGAUGACAAACCACUCAAAGGUGCCAAGAUAGUGGGCUGUACACACAUCAAUGCCCAGACUGCAGUGUUAAUAGAGACACUGGUGGAACUGGGUGCCAGUGUGCGAUGGUCAGCCUGCAAUAUAUUCUCUACACAAAAUGAAGUGGCUGCUGCUUUAGCCGAGGCUGAUCAUUCAAUCUUUGCUUGGCGUGGAGAAAGUGAGGAAGACUUCUGGUGGUGUAUUGACAAGUGUAUUAACACUGAGAACUGGCAACCUAAUAUGAUUUUGGAUGAUGGAGGCGAUGCCACUCAUCUCAUGCUUAAGAAGUAUCCAGCUAUGUUCAAGAUGAUCAAAGGUAUCUGUGAGGAGAGUGUAACUGGUGUGCACCGCUUAUACCAGCUGAGUAAGGCAGGAAAACUUACUGUGCCUGCCAUGAAUGUCAAUGAUUCUGUUACCAAGACUAUGUUUGAUAACCUUUACUCAUGCAGGGAAUCAAUUAUUGACAGUUUAAAACGUGCAACUGACGUAAUGUUUGGAGGAAAGCAAGUGGUGAUCUGUGGAUAUGGAGAAGUUGGAAAAGGCUGCUGCCAGGCUCUUAAAGGUCUUGGUUGCACUGUCUAUGUCACUGAAAUUGACCCUGUUUGUGCUCUGCAGGCAUGUAUGGAUGGUUUCCGUGUGAUGAAGCUGUCAGAAGUCAUCAGACAAGUUGAUAUUUUGGUGACAGCAACUGGUAACAAGAAUGUAGUGACACGUGACCAUAUGGAUAAGAUGAAGAAUGGAGCCAUUGUCUGUAACAUGGGUCAUUCUAAUACUGAAAUUGAUGUUAAUUCUCUUCGCACUCCCGACUUGACGUGGGAAAAAGUUCGUUCCCAGGUGGAUCAUGUCUUGUGGCCUGAUGGCAAGAGGAUCAUUUUGUUGGCAGAAGGUCGUCUUGUCAACCUUUCCUGUUCAUCUGUUCCAUCGUUUGUUGUCUCCAUCACUUCAUGUACUCAAGCUUUGGCUCUGAUCGAGUUGUUCAAUGCACCUGCUGGGCGCUACAAGUCUGAUGUUUAUCUUCUUCCCAAGAAGAUGGAUGAGUAUGUAGCCAGUCUUCACCUGCCUACGUUUGAUGCUCAUCUCACAGAGCUCUCUGAUGAGCAGGCAAAGUAUAUGGGCUUGAACAAGGCUGGACCAUUCAAGCCUAAUUACUACAGGUAUUAAGUUGUAUCUGUGGCACAACUGCAGUAGACAAUUUCAUGGGACUGUAUGCCAUUGGUAAUGUAGAAGUUUUAGAGGCAACAGUUGGCAUACCACUGGUGAAAGAGACAUGGAUGUGACAAUACUUCACCUAAAACAAAAUGUAUGUUAUUGUCAGGGAUUUUAGAAUUUAGACAUUUCUCAUUUAGAUUUGUUCUUGUUAUAGCAUACAUGGGUUGUAUUGAGGUAUCCAGUUCUCAUUGUCUUAAAUAUUACAUAUUCUGGUAGCUACAUAAUGUUAAUUGUCGUCUGCAUAUAUUAAUAAAGACCAGAAAUAUGUUUUGCAACAUUCAAAAUGAUCCCUUUUAAAAUGCAGAAUUUAUCAUCAUAUUGUUUUAUUUAAAGCCUUUGUAAAUAAUAAUCUUGGGAAACAAAAGUUUGAAUAUUAGCAGUGCUGCAGUUAUUACAGCUGUAAAGAUCCUUAUACCUAUAAGCAUUUUAUGUCACACCAUCAACCAAGUACCUGAUGACACUUUACUGCCAAUCAGCUCACAGCAGUGCUCAGGUACAGUGGGAUAGCAGGAUAGCAGAUGUUUUAAAAUAUCUGUAUAAUCAUUUUUUUUUUUUACACAAGAAUCAAAGUUACUAACAAGCUUAUCUUCAAUAAUUCUACUCUUUAUUAUGUAUUUCUAGGGGAGUAAAGCAGGCAUGAAUUUUAUUGAAUUGUGAUUUUCAACAAGGGCAUCACAUAUUUCAAAAUGAUUACCAGGUAGUAAGAUAAUCUUAUUUUUAUACUUCCAAAUAUUUACUGCAAUAAUUACAAUUCUGACAGUAAAAUCAUUCUGUAUAUUCACUGUUAUGGUAUAUUUUUAUUCAUAUUAUGGUAGUAAGAUAUGCUCUGCUAGAUCACGUUUUCAUGUUAAUUAUAUUACGUAAUUAUAACUGAUUGUUUAUACAGUUUGUCAAUUUAUACAAUUUGUCACUUAUAAGCUGUUACAUAGAUCCAGCACCUGAGAAGGGUCUUAUUGUGCUUCUGUAAUAACCUAGCGAGGCCAAUUGCUGCUUAUUAGAUACUGACAGGAUUUCAUCACACUGACAAAAUAAAAAUUAAUAUUGUGAUACUGAGUGUUGGCAGAUUUAAUGAAAAAGCACUGGGCAAUAAAAUAGUUGAAAAUGGCCAAAAUUUUUUUUUGCCUCUAGGUUCAUUCAGAGUCAUACAAAAAAUAAAUACAAGCUGCUGGCAGGUUUUGUUUUAUACUCCACAUUCAACUUGAGUGUCUGUCUACCUGUCUUGUCUGUGAUAGUUGUAGAGGUCAGAACCAAUGAUAAAGGACCAGAGGCCAAUAUAACCACUACAGAGAAUGCAUUUGUUUAUUGCUAAUAUGGUGUGUGUUAGCAAAGGGAAAACUGCCACUACAGUACUAGCAGUGUUUAGAUCAGUCUUACAAGGCUAAUAUGAGAGCAACAGUUUUAAUGAAGUGCCCAUACUAGCAACUUGUAUUUGUAGGUAAAGCUUGCAGCCUUUUUUUUUUCUCUUGCCACUUUGUGGCACUUGGUAAUACAGUAAUAGGAAAUAUGCCAGUCUUUAAUCAAGUUAGGCCAAUUACUGUUUAGUGGUGUUUAAGGGAUCUAAUAAUGAAUUGCAGCCUUAUAAUAGAGUAUUGAGAUUUUAGGGAAUAUCAAUCCUCUGUAAGCAUAUUUAGAAUGUAGGCCAUGAUAUGUGCCCCAGGAGGGAACUUGAGGGGCAGUAACAUUUUUUUUCUUAAAUGCUUUUAAGUGACAUCAAGAAGGCGUUGUUGCUCAGUUAAGGUCCGAAUUUUGAAGCAUUAUGUGAUAUAGACGUAUAUAUAUUUGAGACAUUACCUGGUGCCUGGGAUGUAGUUCAUACCUAUUGCCACAGCAGUCGUAUAAGCAUUUAUCUUCUAUCACAUGGUACAUCAGAACAUAGGCCUUAUUAUUAUUGUUGUUACUGCUGUUACAAGUGCUGCCCUCACAAGCUCAUCAUUCAUUCAUUCUCGGAUGGUGCUGUCGAGACAAUCAUUUGUGGCAUCAUGUCCUCCAUACCUUAGGUAUGCCUCAUUACCCGACUAGUUUUAUCUGAGCAGAUUUCAAACAAAUACCAUUUUGCAGACUGGAAAUGAGGCAUUAGUACAAAUUGGCUCCCCUUCAAAGAUAUUCAUGUAAAUAAUAGAAAGGGCUUUGUUUGUACCCCUGUGGUAUGGUGAAUACAGUUCUAUACAUUAUCUACAAAAAGACGGAUCGAUUUACAUUCUUUAUACCACUGAAAAUGUUCAGCAUUUUCAACUGAGAAUGAUUAUCCUUGUCCAUUAGUUUACUAAUUACCUUCCAUAUAAUUUUAAUUGUAUGACUGUGGCCAUAUCCUUGUCAUACCAGCAGGCUUGGAGUAAUUACAUGAUUCAAGGUAAAUUACAGUUUCAGUUACUCUUCCAGAUUUUCAGUUACUUGAUCAGAAAAAUAGCAAAUUACAAUUACUUUAUAUUUUGUAUUAAUUUUUUUUUUUUUUUCAAUUUAAAUUUUGCUUAAUGCUAAAAUCAUUGCUAAAUGUUUGAAAUAAUAAACAGACAUUUUACUUAAUAUUUUGUAUAUAAAUGUAAAUACUUGAACCAUGCACAAGAAUACCAUUAGUUACAUUUUCAGUCAGAGCCAAACAGAUGGAGAACAUGUACAAAACAUUUGUUGCACUAUAUUAGCCAAAGAUCCAGGAGGAUUACAAACAAUAGAUAAGCUUCAGUUCAUAAAGUGUACUUCACUGUGUUAAAUCUAAGACAUAAUGUUUAAUAAUAUCAUUUCAUUCAAUACAACUUAAAAGUGAAAACUGCACCUAGAAGUUGAAUAAUAAUUUUUAUUUUGACAUGAUACAAAGGAAUAUAAUAGUUGGGUGUACAUGCCAAAAGCCCCUUUGUAUGCAGAGCAUUUCAGGCAAAUUUAAAAUUAACUGAAGUUCAUACGGUCAUUAGAUGAGUUACAACAAGUACAUGAGAAUUGAGUAUUCUAUUAGUUAAUGCUCUAUAGCUGUAAUACAUCUAGUAGAGAAGAUUUUUUGCAUAAAGUUAUAAUUGGGUUAUUUCACAAUUUCAGUUUAUUAAGAUUCAAACAUGGAAGGUACUAAUAAAUUUCUCAUUUGUACUUUACUUUAUUCAGAAAUUCACAGAAGGUUGAAGGCCCUACAUGUGCUAAUUUUACAAAUGCAAUUACUUCAAGGCUGCAUAACAUCCUGUGUAUGACACUUUCUUAUUGUUCAUGGAAGUUUGUGUGUGGAAAUAUUAAAUUGCUCUUAACGAAGACAGUAUUAAUUUUUCAUCCACAUGCUCAUCUUGUAUACAUUUCAUCUUAUAAUUGAUCUACAUUAUAGAAAUUUUAAGUAUUACUAAAAGAUGGAUCAGUAAAGGUUACAUAGGCCUCAUUUUACAGAAUUUUAACUUUAUAAAUAAUUCCGUGCCAUUGAUGCCAGCACCAUGUCGACUAUUUUCAACAUGUCUUAUCUAAACUUCAAUCAAGGGCUCUGCAAGACUGAAUAGUUUUAAUAUUUAGUUUUAUGAUAUUUUAAUGUUUUUACAUGUAAUACUGUGUCCACUAAAGCAUAAUUGAAGUACAGUAUAUUGAAGAAUCCCUACUCACCUCUUAGUGAGCUGUCAUCUGCACUGGUACUACUCACUUGAAGAACUGCAAAGUUGAAAACCUGUAAGGAAAUAAAUUGUUUGCAUAAGGGAAUAUUUGCUUGUACAGUGGACCCCCGCAUAAUGAUCACCUCCGAAUGCGACCAAUUAUGUAAGUGUAUUUAUGUAAGUGCGUUUGUACGUGUAUGUUUGGGGGUCUGAAAUGGACUAAUCUACUUCACAAUAUUCCUUAUGGGAACAAAUUCGGUCAGUACCGGCACCUGAACAUACUUCUGGAGUGAAAAAAUAUCGUUAACCGGGGGUCCACUGUAUAAUUAAAAAAAAAAGGUUUAACAAAUUAAUUACCAUAUAUUCUUGGCCAUAAAUUGAGAGGCAUACUUCCAGUAAAAAAAAAGCAAGAGGGCUAGUAACCCCUUCUCCUGUAUAUAUUACUAAAUUUAAAGGGAGAAACUUUCGUUUUUCGUUUUGGACCGCCCUUCCUCGGUGGGAUAUGGCUGGUUUUUUGAGAGAAGACUCGGUAAAAAGAAAAAAAUGUUUAUCACUCUUUACCCAGACCUACUCCUAAGUCACACUGACUCAUUAUAGUCAUAAUCAUUGAAGUCCUCUGUUGUUUUCACUGGAGUCGAGCUGUAAUAAUAGCAUGUACCAUGACCACUGGUGCAGUAGGAACUACCUAAGAUCCAUUCAUAUUAAUUUUAAUAAACAAGUGUGCUAAACCAAAAUGGAUGAUACAGCACUCCUUUCCUUAACUGUUUGCAGUUGCAAAUUAAUUUUAUGAGGAAAAUGAAGAUAAAUUUUUGGAUGCCCAAAACCAAAAACAAGUCACCUUCUAGCCAAUUUUUUAUUUUAUUCAUAGGAGUACUUUUACCUUCAUUACUGAAUACAUGGCAACUCACUGAAGAUGUGUGUAAUGACUUGCUAUAUUGUUCAUAGUUGACAAGGGGUACAUUUCAAAGACAGUUUAGGGUGUUGUGAAUUCAUAAACACACAAUGUUAAAAAAAGACACCUAUUUUUCAUUUUUAUUGCAAAUUCAUAACAAAUUUUAUAAGCUAGAAAAUAUGUUAACAAUUAGAAUUCUCAGCAAUCACAAAUCAAAGACAAGCACUAUACAUUUUCUAUUAGACAUUUUGUCAGAACAGAACACUACUUCAAAAUUAUACAAACUAGAAUAAGAAAGCAUAAUCCACAAAUGAUACCAUGUUGCAUCAAAAUUUGUAGUUACAUGUAUGAUACAGUACUUGUUGUGGUGUACAUGUACUGGUAUGUCAUCACCCUUAUCCCUAGAGGUUUUAAAUAUUAAUUAUUAAUAAAAAAAAUAAGUAAAAUUAUAGUAUUAAUACAUUUUUCAGUAUGAGGAAGACAAAAUAUACAUAAGAGGGAUUUGGAUAAACUGUACUGUACACAAACCUCUACUGCAGGGGUGGGGAACCUUUUUCUCUGCCAAGGGCCAUUUGGAUAUUUAUAAACAUCGUUCUUAGGCCAUACAAAAUUAUCGACUUAAAAAUUAGUCUGCUAUAUUUAGUCAAACAUUAAAUUAACUCUCACCUUAUGUGAUGACUGGAGCUGCUUCUCUUUGGUGAGACGUGUGAUGUUAGAUAGUAUUGAUGAUGUUGCAUCGGAAAUAUGUUCAAAAUGAAGAUUGAAUAUCAGAAUGGUAUACAAUAUCGACAGGUUAGUAAGUAAGGCACAUAGGCAACAGUUAGGCAUCUUUAUUCCAAAACGUUUCGCCCACACAGUAGGCUUCUUCAGUCAAGUACAGAAAGUAGGCAGGAGCAGUAGAGAUGUGAAGACGAUGUAAUCAGUCCAUCACCCUUGAUGACUGAAGAAGCCUACUGUGUAGGCUAAAACUUCAAAACAAGAUGCCCAAAGUUUAUACGAACAUUAUUAAUACUUACUACAUUGUAGUAAAAAUACCUACCCAAAACAAUACUGCCUUACACCCAAUUGUAACAUUCUCAUACUGUAAACUUUCAACAACUCGCAAUGUUAUACAGUGGACCCCCGCUUAACGAUCACCUCCCAAUGCGACCAAUUAUGUAAGUGUAUUUAUGUAAGUGCAUUUGUACGUGUAUGUUUGGGGGUCUGAAAAGGACUAAUCUACUUCAUAAUAUUCCUUAUGGGAACAAAUUCGGUCAGUACUGGCACCUGAACAUACUUCUGGAAUGAAAAAAUAUCGUUAACUGGGGGUCCACUGUAUUCCCGUAAUAUAAUUUCAAUAUUUUAUUAUUGAAACUAUUGUAAUUUGAGUACAAUUAAUGUCUACUAUAAAUAAAAACAGAUGUACAACUUAAACUAUGAUCAAUUUAUUUAGUAUCAAGUAGUCUGUAAGCUAUUAAAUUAAGUCUGCCCAUAAUGCCUAGGCAUGAUAGUGGCUCUUUUUGCACUGGAACUCAUUGUUGUCAUUUCAUAUUCUCAAUGUAAUCUUGCAAAGAAAUCAAAUUUGUUUGUUUGUUUGUAUGAUGCCUAACUGUUGCCUAUGUGUCUUACUUACCAAACUGAAAAAGACAAUGGAUGGGAGACCGAUUCAAAAUCUGAAACAGAACAAUUGGAUUUUAUGAAAUACUGCAAAAUUACUCGCAUGUAAAAAACAUCAAUAUAUUCUUCCAAAGGGCCCCAAUUUUUAUAAUGUCAGAAUAAAAGCUAAAAGGUGUCUUCAUAAUUCUGCAUACUUAGAUUUUAGGUUUCGUAUUUUUUUUUCAUUAUACAUGUACAGUGUAAAUUGGUAUGGGGAAGGGUUAAUAUAAAUUUAUGUUGCUAUGAAAAAAAGCUCCUAGAUUUGAAUUUCAAGUCCCACUUGCAGUUGCCUUGGCAGAGCCAGACCAAAUGAUUUCGCAGGCCUGAGAUGGCCCGUGGGCUGGACAUUCCCCACUCCUGCUCUAUUGCAAUGCUGCAUAUUCUAAAAUUCUCCAGAUGCUGACAAAUAACUUUUUUUUUACCAUACUUAAAAAGCAUAUUACAGUAUAAAAAAAAAUAACUUAUGGUUGAGAAUAUAUGGUAGUUGUAGCAGAAUCUAAAAGUGAAUUUAUUUUACUAUUUGAAUGUAUAAGUUGAGAUGCUUAGAUUUUUAUAUUAUUUUUAAUAAAAAUAUUUGAUUUUGGAAAUACUAUGCCAGGAGGCAAAAAAAAAAAAAAAAAAAGUGCCGUAUAUAAUAUUUGCACUUACAGGUAUUCAACAUAAAUAUAAUACUGAUGACUUUUUGAAGGAUGUCAACUGCUUUGGAACUGGGUUCAUAAUUGUAAAAAUACUUUAUGAUGAGUUAUGCAUGUGGAUAUUAUUAUACAGAAAUAACUCUCUUGUUCAGAAUUCUACAAAUAUAUUCUCCCAGAUUCUGAAAAACAGAUUUUUAAUGUAAUUUAAAUUUUUAUGAAAAGUACAGUUUUUUUUUUAACACUUGAAAUUUUCAAAUCACAAAGAAAAUUCAGUAGUUUAUUGAAAAAAGUACUUCAGAACUGCUUUCCUGGAAGUAUUUUCCACUUUCUGUUCAGAAUGAUCUUGAAUUUGGAAGCCAAUAAAAAUGAAUUAUUCUGAAUAAGAGGGAAAUCACUGUACAGUAUUAUAAUUAGUUUCAUGUGCUAUUGGAUAUGCAAAAAAAUUUAAAAAACAUAUUGACUGAUUUCAAGCAAUUUAAAUGAAAUUUUUAAUAUGUAAUCAUGCAAGAAUAUGUAUUUAAAGCAGAGCAUGCAACACUGUAAGUGCUUAACUUUUUUCUUGAAAGUUAAAAGGUUAUCCCUCAAUGCCAGGACACAGUGAAAGCGUUGGGCUUGAAAUAACACAUAGCAACAAAGAAAAGAGCAAGAAAAGUAAUUUACUUUGGGUGUGUCCUGCACAGUGGGUGAGGCAUUUAGUGUACAAUCUGACAUUCCAGACACCUUUAACAAGUUAUGGUGUUUAAUUAUUGUAUUUUGGGGAUCUCAUUGGUGCUUGCAGUGUUUAUUAUUUAGUACUAUAUUUUGUUUAAUUUUGAUGGUUUAGAAACUUUAAAAUGUUAAAUAUUUUCUAAGUAAGUCAUUUGUGGAUAAUUCGAUUCACAUAUUUUCUGCAUUUUUAUUAUUUGAUGUUUCACACUUCCCAUCCUCAAAUUAAAAAUGUGUAAAAUGUAUUUCUCCUUUUUCUUUAGUAUUUCCCAAAUUGGCUUUACAUUAUGUAUAGUGUUACUCACCCACAUGCAUUUUUUCUAAUGUACUAUGAAGACUUCAUUAUGGUAAUGAAGUUCCUCUAACCUACAGAAUAUACGAGAAUUUAGCCUCUGGAACAUGUUCUUACUAACUUAUAUAGUGUGUCUAUUCAGUCCUGUUAAAAAGUUGGCGAGGGUAAUAAAAUUGUAUUAGUUUGUAGAAAG